AGCUGCGCGUCAUUCAAGGUGGAUUAAUCUACCCCCUACACUCUUUAAAGACAGUCCAUAGUUCUUCAAUGUGGGUGAUUGGGAAGCCCUCACGCAUGGCGUGGUGGUCGUUCUCAGUGUGGGCGGUGACGGUCGUAUGCUGGGCGGGAGUGGGCGUGGGCGUGUGGGCGGCCAUUUUAGAACCUCGGCUGCCCCUGGAUCUUGAGCACAGGGCAGUUCUUGAUCAAGAUGGUGACUACGUAAUGCUCUGGACUCCCAGAGAGAAAGACAUUAUCAUCGAAGUCCAGGUGGUGACGAAGGGGUAUAUAGGCCUAGGGUUCUCCCCCAACGGCGGAAUGAAAGGUGCUGACAUCGUUAUAGGCUGGGUCACAGACCAUGGCCGAGUCUUCUUAUAUGAUUGUCACGGAGAGGGCAACUGGCUUCCCGCAGUAGAUGACAGCCAUGACGUAAAGGUUCUCUCAGGCUACCAGAAUGAUACUCACACCGUCCUCAGAUUCACCAGGUCAUGGAACACCUGUGACCAACACGACUUUCAUCUCACUGGCGACACAACAAGGGUGAUCUGGGCCUACGGGAGCCACGACCCAGACAACAUCAACAGUGUGAGAAUGCAUCUCCACCAACACCGAGGAACCAAGAGUAUCUACCUGAGGGAACCCAGAUACUCUCACUCUGAACUCAGCCCAGACGUCUCAACUUGGGAUUUACACGCAUCCAAUGUGACACUACCGGAUGACACUUCCACCCUGUACUGGUGCAAGCUCUUCAAGGUGCCUCCCCUACGCCGCAAGACUCACCUUAUUGGCUACGAACCUGUAAUAGAGCCCAGGAAUCUGCCUUACUUACACCACAUGUUGCUGUACGAGUGUCGCCUACCGGAGGGAGACAGAGUCUUCGAUAAGUGGCUAGGAGUGAGGGGAGUCCAGUGUUACACUCCCAACAUGCCCGUCUCCUGGAUACAUUGUACCAGUCCCCUCAUCACCUGGGCUAUUGGAUCUGAGGGAGAGAUGUGGCCCGAGCAUGUAGGCUUUCCUUUAGGCCAUGGCCACGGAGGUGCUGACUACUUCCUCUUAGAGAUACACUACGAUAAUCCUACCUUCAAGAAAGGUAUUGUCGACGAGUCUGGACUGCGACUCUUCCACACGGAGAGGUUAAGGAAGUACGAUGCUGGAGUGCUGCUAGUUGGACACAGAGUCACGUCCAACCACAUCAUUCCACCAGGUCGUAGGUGGAAAUCUAUUGGACACUGCUCCAGCCAAUGUACGCAACAGGGUCUUCCUGAAGGAGGGGUGAAGGUGUUCCAAGCACUCCUGCAUGAGCAUUUGUUGGGAAGAGACAUCCUUCUCAGACACAUCCGGAACGGACGAGAACUUCCAGUCACGUUUAAGGAUAUGAAUUACGAUUUCAACUACCAGCAGAGCAGAGUACUGGAGCAGGAGCUGACCAUACUACCAGGGGACACCCUCAUUGCCGAGUGUGGGUACGACUCCACCGGUAUCACCACACCUACCUUUGGCGGUGCUAGGACAAGUGACGAGAUGUGCUUAGUCUACCUGUCUUACUAUCCACAAAUCCAACUGGACCACUGCCAAUCCCAGCCCACCUUAGGUACCAUCCUGAACUCCCUGGGACUCAAGAAAGUAAUCGACAACAGUGACAAGAAAAUCAAUUUCUACCAUACCAAAGAGAUUGACGAGGAACAGGAGACCAGGAUGGUCCAUGACCUGUUGAAGGGGAACCUCGAACUACCUAACAUCUCAUAUGAUUUUCAUCUUAACCUGAAGUCUGUCAUUGUACAGCAGUUAGACGCACUGCGCAACACUUCCCUGUACGACAUCCUCUACAGUAACGCCACCUGGCAGGAUGAACAGCUGGUAACCUCAUUCCAGGACCAGGUGUCGUACGACAUACAUAAAAUCUUCUGCCAUUACAUGGGUAAACCCAUAGUAGAUGGUGAGGAGUUAUGCAGCUACCCUGACUUCGUGGGCAUCAAGCAGCUGGGGUCAGAGUGUGGACACACGGGGAUGUCACACCCGGAGAAGAGCGACCGACAUCACUUUGAUGUCGACAGGGAAGCUUACCACAAGGUGGAUUCUGAAACCACUAGCACCCAGAACCAGCCUUCACCCAAAGUGACAUCAUCGACGACGCCAGAGACGUCAUCGAAGAAGCGCGUGACGUCAACGGCAAGCGGAGCCUCCGUCGGACCCCUGGCAGGGGCGAAUAGGCCCUUCCAGCAGGGAGGAGGGGCAGGGGUAGCUUUCCUCUGCGUGUGUCUGCUCCUGACCUGUCUCCUGCACACCCUGCAAUAGACAGUCAACUCUGCAACACCCAGUAAUAGAUUCAUCUCCCCGGCAACACUCAACAAUAGACUAAUACACCCCUGCAACACUCAAUAAUAGACUAAUACACCCCUGCAACACUCAGUAAUACCAACACACUUAUAUCUGUUCUACCCUCUUUAGAUCUUAACUAACGAUGCCUUGGCCACUAUCAGUCUUAUUUGUUGCAAUAUACUGGGCUCAGGAUUCCCGUCAGUGCAUCACUACAUCUCAUAAUUCAUUCCCUUUCAGUUAGACUUUUGUUUAAACGUAGCGAGAGAGCUGGCUAGGGCAGGCCAGCUGAUGUUAAACCACUAAACGUGUUAUCGUGGGGUUUAAGACGCGUUGUUUCCUGAAGGUUAAACCCACAGAAGUUUUAGUUUUAUAUUACAUUUUAACACCCCGGUGCUAGACAUGUGUUUUAUUUACACAUUUUAACACCCCGGUGCUAGACAUGUGUCUUAUUUACACAUUUGUCGGUACUUAGUGCCAUAUCUUAGGGUAUUGAGUACAGAGGGAGGAGAAUGCACCCGAUUUCUACCAGCUACUGCAGGAGGCUUACCAGCCCAGGGUAGGUAGUUCUUUCUUACACACAAACACUUUACUCGUAAAACUGUCUUAACCUGUUCUUCAAGCUACCCAAGAUACCGGCACUACCUACCAGUUUGCUACAUCUUUCAACGCAACAUCAACCUUGGGUCGAUUUUGGGGGUCAACGCCCCCGCUCUUCCACACACCCUUCCCACGACCGAGUCCUGAUUUACGGAAUAAAGAAAGUAACAAAAUAAUCUGAGUAUGGGAAAUAUAUUUAAUGUCUUGAAGAAUUAAUUAAAGACAGUAUCUUAGAUGCCGUCACUAAGAACUUGUAUACAUGGUGACGCUUGAAGAAUCUUGCGCAUUUAGUGCUUUCCAAUAUAUAUAUGCCGUGCCGAAUAGAUAAAAUUAGUCACUUCAGGAGCUCAUUUAAAAUUGAAUCCAUUCUAAAAUUUUCUCCUAUACGUUUAAAGAUGUAUUUUUUUAAUUUAUGUUAAUGUAAAAACUAAUAAUUUUGUACCAAAA